UUGCUCCGGAGCGGAUAGAGGCGCCGAAUGCUGCGGCGCACUGCACCGGUCAUUAUGAGAGAAGAGGGGCGUCAUGGACGAUUAGAGCCUAGAUUUAGAUGAAAAGAGGAUGUUCUUCAAGGUACUUCAACCACAACAUCCUCUCCUCGUCUUAAUGUCUCAUUGAACUAUCCAACAUGUCUUUUCCGCAUACCUAUGUGAUCCAUCCCGAAACAGAACCGGUUUCACCUGAUCCUCCGCUAUGAUCGCGGCCAGCGCGUUUGCUCAACAAAAGGGAUCCCGGUAUAGAAUCGCUACGGAAGGUCGGUCACCAUCGGUGAGGGACCCACACGCCUCUUUUAUUUUCCAUUUCAACCGUUUCGCUUGGUGGACAGCUGCCAAAUAUUCUGGCUACCCUGGAGUCCGCAGAAAGCGAGGGUUGGGAUGGAGAAGUGUUGUCGCAGCUGUAUGCCCUGUCUGAAGACGCUGUGGGACUGCAUAUGGCCCGAGUUUUACUAUCCGAGCAUGGCUCGACCGGCCGAGAUCCGCACGGUUUCGGGUGAUAUCCGGAUCCCGGCUCCUAAGAGGAAACCGGCGCAGCUGUACGCGGCGCUCUUCGACUUCGAAGCCCGCAGUGAGGAAGAGCUGACGGUGAAAGAAGGGGACAAACUGUCUGUCAUAGAAAAGAGGGGAGAUUAUGUAUUUGCCAAGAAGCUGACGGGGUCACUGGAGUCCGGACUGGUCCCUGCUAAUUAUGUGGCCCUAGUACAGGAUGAAUUCGCUAACUACAGUGAGGAAGAGCUGACGGUGAAAGAAGGGGACAAACUGUCUGUCAUAGAAAAGAGGGGAGAUUAUGUAUUUGCCAAGAAGCUGACGGGGUCACUGGAGUCCGGACUGGUCCCUGCUAAUUAUGUGGCCCUAGUACAGGAUGAAUUCGCUAACUACAGAUGGUACUAUGGGAAUAUAAACAGACAAAAGGCUGAGAAGCUGCUUCUAAGUCCACAGAACAAAACGGGCUCCUUCCUGGUGAGGAUCAAGGACACAAAAUUGGAUGAGUUUGUGAAGGAGGUCCAUGCACUGAAAAACCUGCACCAUCCUAAACUGAUUGAGCUGUUGGCUCUCUGCACACGAGGGGAGCCGGUCUACAUUGUCACUGAGCUCAUGACUAAAGGAAGUCUCAAAUCGUAUCUUGCUUCACCGGAGGGUCAGGUGUUGACCUCUGCUCACCUGAUCUACAUGGCUGGUCAGAUAGCAGAAGGAAUGGCAUAUCUGGAAGAUCGACACAUUGUCCACAGAGACCUUGCAGCUCGAAACAUCCUGGUUGGAGAAGACCUGGUGUGUAAAGUGGCUGAUUUCGGUUUGGCUCGCAUCAUCAAGGAUAGUGUGUAUACUGCUAGUAGAAACACCAAGAUUCCUGUGCGGUGGACGGCUCCAGAAGCUGCUCUCUACCAGCGGUUCUCAGUCAAAUCUGACGUCUGGUCCUUUGGAGUGCUGCUGUAUGAGAUAAUGUCACGUGGAAAGAUGCCAUAUGAUGGGAAGAAUAAUAAGGAGGUGUUGGAGAUCCUGACAUCGGGUUACAGGUUACCAUGUCCAAAUCGCUGCCCCCCGAACAUCUAUCGCAUUAUGUUGGAUUGCUGGCACGCGGAGGCUUCCAAACGGCCCUCGUUUCAUGCCCUUCACAGUCAGCUGGAAAAUAUCUACUCCAGAAUCUACUUCAAAACCAUUGAGGUGUAGAAGAGGUGGACUGAAACUGAAGAUUCUGUGGGACAGAACGGAGAAUGAAGAAAAGAUUUGCAUGGACAAAAGUGCACAUACCAUAGACUCUCUUUUUGAUUGCUUAUAUUAAUGAAGUUAUGUGCAAUAAUAAAUGCUUGUUUACGGAUUUUAAAGAGGAUAAAAGAUUCAUUGAGAGUGGAAGAGAGAAACAUGCAUCUCCUUAAUCUGACAGGGCCAGAUUAUCUGUAGCUCGUCAUAGCAAAUCUUGAUCAUGAUUGGAUCAAGAUGCCAAGCACUGUUAUUUACUGUCAUAAUAUCCGUCUUUUAGACUGCACUUAGUGUAUUUUGUGCUAGAGUUGAUCUGGCCAGUUCAGUUUCUGUAGUAAUAGGAACAGGAGAUUAUUUGGUCUGAUGUUUUCAGGUCAGAGUUUAUGUUUACAAAAGAUUCACCUGCCAGUAUGGACAGGUGUGGAGACGGUGAAAACUAUAGCCAUUUUAAGUUCGAACUGUUGAGUGUCUUUAGCCUAUGUGAAGGCAGGCUGCACAAAUAACUGUACCAGGUACACGGUCUUGAAAUUAACACUGUGGUUA